AUGGCCGCGAAACCGUCGAGAAUGUGCUGCAUGAUCGUCGACCGCGAACCAGCAUCACACCAGACAGCUUUCGCCGUGCUGUACGUCGACUUCCUGAGCACCCAACGUUCCACCAAUGCGCCAUACUACUCUAACGUUCUAAAAACACAGGUGAAACCCGCUUAUCGCUCGAAAUGGAGAAGCAUUCCAGCAAGAAGUGCGAUUCUUCCCCAGGAGAACGCGCGCUCUUAUGCUGGGCGUCUCAGUCUCGAUACAAUAUCGAAAUUGGGGUGGGAGGUACUGGAACACCCCCACUACAGUCCGGACUUAUCACCCUGCGACUCCUACAUGUUUGGAGCACUGACAGAAACCCUCGGAGGUCAAAGAUUCGACAACGACGAUGAGGUAGAAGAGUUCGUGCGCACAUGACUGUCCGAGUUGCCCAAAGAAUUAUUCAAUACCGACAUUAAAAACCUCCCGAGAAGGUAGAAAAAAUGCGUAACUAGUGAGUGAACGUCCCUAGAAAAACUGUAAAUUUUUUCGAUAGUAAAUAAACGUGUCAGACCAUUUAUCUCGAUCAUAUUUGAACCAUCCUCGUAUGUGUAUAUUGCAUUUUAAAAAGGGUACUAAAAAGUUUUGUAAUACAGCCUUAUUUAUUGACUUCAUUCAAAGUAAUUUCCACCACAUUGAAUACACUUUUCCAUUCGCUAAAACCAGUAAUUAAACCAGCUCUGCCAAGUUUCACGCGUCCCAGGUGCUCAGAAGGUCCUCAUCGCUAGAAAAUCAUUUUUAUUUUAGCUUCAUUUUCACAUGCAGAAACAGUGCAAAGUCGCCGGGAACAAGAUCUGGACAUGGUGGAGGUACCAAGUAUCCAUUCUUGACUUUCGCCGCAGGUUUUUCAUAGACUCUAUGACUUUAGUCAGGCACUGUUCCGCGUACAACUUAGCUGUGCGUGUCUUCAGUGUUUCCAAAACUACACGAUCCACAAUCCCGCUCGAAUGCAGCUAUCAUUUUUUUCUCAACAGAUCGGAAUUUUCUGCCAGCUACAGGUGUGUCCUCAUCAUCAAAGACUCAAACUUAGGUCAUGCAGAAUUGAAUAAAUUACUAGUACAUGAAGGUGUAAGGUCUCCUCUAUCUGUUUGUAUGUCACUCUCCGGUCUUAGUCGCGGUCUUCCUUCCCUCUCAGGGUCCUUAGAGUGAAAUUGCCCCUUUGGAAUUCCCUGUACCACCUGAAUAUAGUCAUACGAUAAGGACAAUCAUUCUUUAAUGCACUAAGCACUGGUCUAUGCUCAAACCACCUGUAAAGUUAUACCGUAAACCUGCCCUUAUCUCACUACGUGACCACGAUGCCAUAGUCCGUACUUUACAGUGUCAAUACGAAUGAACAACUAAAUCAAUAGACGUGUCUUAACAUGCGUUUGUUUGUUAAGUCAUAUUGCAAAACUUUUAUAGUACACCUUGUAAAUGGUUUUCCAUUAAGGACUUGACAUCUUUCUUUUCAAAUAAAACGCAAACCAUUUGAGAUAUCUCGAAAAUUUUAUUAUUGGAUAGAAGUAUACUCAAAAUAUUUAUGUAUGGAAUUCGACCUCGUUUAUAUGUCCACCACGGGCACGUUCGCAGCGAUCGAUUCGUUGAACCCAAUUUUCACUGACUCUGCCACACAUUUCGACAGAAACGGCCGCUAUUUCUCGUUCAAUAUUGGCUCUAAGCUCCUCUAACGACGCCGGCUUGUUGACAUCAACCAAUGAUUCAAUGUAGCCCCACAAAAAAGUCUAGACGUGUUAAAUCGCACAAUAUAGGCGGUCAUUCGACAGGACCAUUUCACGUUCAUCGAAUUUUGAUUUCAAUAUGUCGAUUGUUUCACCCACUGUGUGGCUUGUAGCACCGUCUUGUCAAAAAUGCGCUUCAUCGCUGAAGAUGAGAUUGGUCAUUUUAUUGCAAAAUUUCUAGAGCCCAAUUCGAGAACGUACGUCGGUUCAUAUGAUCGAACGGCUUUAGUUCUUGAGUCAACUUGAUCUUAUAAGGAUGCACACCAAGAUCUCGCAAAGUUCGCCAUAGUAUGGGCUGAGCGAUGCCUAAUGCUUAAGAACGUCUUGGAAUCGAUGUGUUCUGUUCGUUUGCGACUGAAGCUUGAACGGCAGCAACAUUUUCGGCACUUCGACCACCUCCUUGUCUCACUGGCCUGUUUAUUUAUCUUGGUAACAUUGGCAAUUACACCGAGAGUAUGGGAAAAGACACUCAACUUGAGAUUCCUCCUUUGCCCGUCCACGUUGUUCAGGGAUUUGGUGGAUAUCUCUCAUCUAGUGUCACCGUCGCCACGCAUAACCUUUUCGAGGAAGUACCCUCUUUAGGAAUAGCAGGCGAUAUGGUAAUGGCAUUAGCUUCUAGAGAUGAAGAGCCAAUACCUAACAUCCGCGUAGACAAGCCCGAGGGCACUGAGUUUACGAGCAACCUAGUUGGCAAGCUAUCGCCAAUUGGUACUCGCAGGCCAGAGAUUCCUCAAAGGCUUGCAGGCUACGGGAUCACAGCGACGGCUUUCUGGGAGUUUAUUUAUGCAACGCGCUUAAAUCUGAAAUACGUCAUGUCACUUUCCGACAUUGUUGAAACCACACAUCAUUAAUUUUGUGGAUGAAGUGGUGUUUCUUGAAGCACAUUGCAAAAUUUCUAGAGCCCAAUUCGAGAACGUAAGUCGGUUCAUAUGAUCGAACGGCUUUAGUUCUUGAGUCAACUUGAUCUUAUAAGGGUGCAGACCAAGAUCUCGCAAAAUUCGCCAUAGUAUGGUCUGAGCGAUGCCUAAUGCUUAAGAACGUCUUGGAAUCGAUGUGUUCUGUUUGCGACUGAAGCUUGAACGGCAG